AUGCUGAUAAGUGGUUCCCUCCUGCACCAGCAGACAGUGCCAGUAACUUUGACGGUGACGGUGGCGGCGGUGACUGUGGCGGUGACUAGGUUCAAAAUGGAAGUGUAUUUUUGUUUACUUAUAGGAAUGGCGCAAAUAUCGCGCGAAACCAUUUUUCUAUCAUUUCCUACCUGGCUGCCUUUUUGACCAUUGCUGCCCAUUGCCUACCUCGAGUACCACGAUGCAAAAAGCGCGAAAACCUUUUCGACCAUUGUCUGCCAAUGUGGUAAUUGUCUGCCCUUUAUA